UCUCACCUUCAGAAAAUAUGUUUUAAAUUAUUUUUUUAAUUUUAUUUUAUUAUAAAUUGGAAAAUUUUUUUUUAAAUAGUUUUCUUUCAUCUGGUCUACCCUUUUUGUUCUUGGAUUUAAAUCCAUAGAAAACUUAAUUGGAGCGCCAAUAGGGUUGGUUUUGGUUCCAUCUUCUGGAUCCAAUUUCUGGAAAAUUAAUGCCAAAAUACUAGUUUUUCUGUCAUUUUUGUGAAAUCGAAUAUGUCGGGAAAAAGAGAACAGUUUGGAACGACGGGAUUUGAAGAUUGGGGUGGAUACAUGAAUGCAAAGAAAAGGAAGUUAGAUAAUCAGUUUAACGAACAAAAACCUUUCGAAUUAUGCUACAAUGAAGGUUCUAAAUUAUUUCAGAAUGUUGAAAUUUAUGUUAACGGAUAUACAAAGCCGUCGUCUGCGGAAUUAAAGAGAUUAAUGAUGUUGCAUGGAGGUCGGUAUAACCACUAUUACUCGCAGAAGACGACGACGCACAUAAUUGCCAUUAAUCUUCCAGUUAGUAAAAUUCGACAGUUGAAGGGUGAAAAAGUAGUUAGGCCAGAAUGGAUAACAGACAGUAUCAAAGCUGGAAAACUUUUACCAGAAUCUAAUUACUACCUAUAUAACUUGAGCAGAAAUCAACAGACAUUAAACUUUGUCAAUAACAAUGAAAUAAAUAAUGAUUACAAAUCAACACAUUCAGAAAUCAAAGAUGGUGAUUAUACAGAUUUGCUCGAAGCCGGGUGUUCGAAUUCAAACUUAAAGAAAUUAGAUGAUAAUCAGUUAGAAGUAUCAAGUGUUAGAAGUGAAGAAAAUAAAAUUUUGCAUGAAAAUCAAAACACUGCAAGUCCUUCAGAUAAGUCUAAAUCAUCUCUAAGAGCCGGCGAUCACAAUUUUCUUUCCGAAUUCUAUAAUCACUCGAGACUGCAUCAUAUUUCGACUGCAAAAUCCGAUUUUCAAGCUUACGUCACCGAAUUACGAAACGAUUCCAACAGGAGCUUUCCAGGAUUUAAUUACCUUAAAAAUGAAUUCCAAAAUAGGGAAGAAGUAUAUACAAUCAAUAGUAAAAUAUUUAUGCAUAUUGACAUGGAUUGCUUCUUUGUGUCUGUUAGUUUAUUAAAUCAUCCACACCUUAAAGGCAAACCAGUUGCAGUUACUCACUCGAGAAGUUGUUUUCGUCCUCCUCCACCCGGAAGUAACAGGCAAUAUGAAUAUAAUUAUUACAGGGAAAAACAUAAAAGAGAUUUGAAAAAUUUGGGCGAUAAUCGUGACUUACUUGAUGCGGUAGAUGAGUUUGGAUCGACAUCUGAAAUUGCAAGUUGUAAUUACGAAGCCAGAAAAUAUGGAUUAAAAAAUGGAUUCUUUUUGGGUGAAGCAAAAAAGAUGUGUCCAGAAUUAGUGACCAUUCCAUAUGAUUUUGAAGGUUAUAAGAGAGUAUCGAAACUUUUAUAUGAUAUAGUUGCAAGCUAUACACUUGAUAUACAAGCAGUCAGUUGUGAUGAAAUGUUUAUCGAUUGUAACAAAGUCCUAGAAGAAACAAAGGCUACUCCUUUAGAGUUUGCUUCUAUUUUAAGGAAAGAAAUCGAAGAUAAAACCAGUUGCGCGGCCUCUGUAGGAAUAGGCAGUAACCUUCUCUUGGCUCGAUUAGCUACCAAAGUUGCCAAACCAAACGGACAAUAUAUGGUAGGUGAUGACGAGAAAGAUGAAUUUAUGAAAAAGCAAUUAAUUAAAGACUUACCAGGUGUUGGUUAUGCACUACAGAAAUCCUUAGAGUCAAUGAAUCUGAAAACGUGUGAAGAUCUCCAAUCGAUACCGCUCGGUAAACUGCAAGAUACCGUCGGACGAAAGACAGGCUUAAUGUUACACGAAUAUUCUCGUGGGAUCGAUUCCAGAGAGAUAAAAACAGAUAACGAACGAAAAUCUGUAUCUGCCGAAAUAAACUAUGGGAUGAGAUUUAAAGAAUUACAUGAAGCCACGAGUUUUUUAAAAGAAUUAUCCGAAGAAAUUCAAAAUAGAUUAUUGAAAAACGAAGUGAAAGGAAAAUCUGUGACAUUGAAGUUAAAGAUAAGAAAGGAUGAUGCACCAAAGGAAACGUCAAAAUUUAUGGGCCACGGCGUUUGCAAUAAUAUCACAAAAACACUUCAGUUAGCAAAUGCAACAAAUAAUUCAGUAACUAUUAGCAAAGCAUGUACUGUUCUACUACAGAAUCUCAAGACAAAUCCAGAAAACAUAAGAGGAAUGGGUAUACAAAUAGGUCGACUGGAGAAGUCAUCCGAAAAAGUUACGGAAAAGAAUCGGACACUGCUUACAUUUCUCAAUCAAGGGCCGAGUGAAAAUAAAAGUUUACCAAAGUGCCAGAAUUCAAACUUUGAUAAUUCUACCGAAAAUGAAUAUUUGCCAGAAAUUGAUCCUGAUAUAUUUGCAUCACUCCCAGAAGAAUUACAGAAAGAAAUUACCCUUCAUUACAAAAGCAAAGGCAAAGAUAUUAAUUUUGGAACUAAUAAUUCGUCAGCAUAUAAAUUAAAUUCUGCCAAAAAUCAUUCCGAAAACAACCGGUCUAAUGAAAUACAGCACGUUGCUCUUCCAAAUUUUUCACAGAUUGAUCAGACAGUAUUCAAUGUUCUCCCGAAUGAAGUAAAACAAGAAAUAAUGGAUGCUUACAGCGAAAGAAGCAUUCACCCGUUGAUGCAGAAAUCUCCUAUAAAAAACCCAUUUAAAUCGCCCAAAAAGUCUCCAACUAGCAAAAAUAAAACGUGGAAGAAAACUAAAACAAAAAUAAAAAGUCCCACGAACAAUCUCUGUACAAAAACUAUAGAUACGGUUAUAAAAAGUGCAACAAUUACAAAGGAGGAAUUCACUCAGAAACCUAAUCUGUGCGGUGCCACCUCUUUAGAUGAUGUGAAGCAGUUACUAUCGGAAUGGGUAGAAUUUUCACCCGUUCCGCAGGAUGACGACAUAACAAUGUUCUCACAGUACAUAGUUGAUGUCGCGAAAGAAAAGAAUUUAGAAAAAUUAGACAGGAUAAUUAAAUAUUUACACAGGUUAGUAAAGAAUACAUCCAAUGAAGACUGGCAGACAAUGUUUAAGAACAUAGUAAGCUCAGUUCAGUCAACAAUGAUGCAGAUAUACGGAAGUGUGUUAAAAAUAGAUAUUGGGUUUUGAGUGUUAUAUUUAUAUAUACUUAAAAUUGUUUUAUUGUUAAUAUAAUAGAAUAGUUAAUAUAAAA